AUGGUAAGGUGGAGGAGAGUAAUGGAUGCUGUGAAAGUGGAGGAGGAGAGUGUGAAGGUGGAGGAUAAAACUGAGAAUUGGUUGAAGAUGUUAGCCACCAAUGAUCAGACAAAUACUGUGUUUACUUGCGAAGCACGAAAGAAGUUGUUUGUUAGAGUUCUAACAAAGUGCACAUGGCUUAAAGAUCCUGAAGUCGACUCAUUCUGCCACUUGUUGCGCAAAAGGAUUGCGCAAUAUCCCAAGACAUAUAAACAUUGUAAAGUAUCAAUAGGGGAUUGCUUAUUAGGAGAUUUGAUGAGGCGAGAGUACCCGAACUUUAAAAAAGAUCCUGAAAAUUUUCCAAUAUUAGAGGUAUUUGAUCAGUACUUCCUGGGUGGAGACCAUAGACAUAUGCCAGAAUGGCCAUCAGUAGACGAUAUUUACGUGCCUUUGAACAUUGGCAACAAGCAUUGGGUACUGUGCGUCGUUCGUCUACAAGAUAAUCACAUUGACGUUUAUGACUGCGACUCGAGUAUUUAUAGGAAUCUCGAUCCAUACCUGAGACCUUUGUGUGAGAUGAUUCCACGAAUAUAUGCAAUGGGAGCCACUGAUGUUGAGCUACAAAGGUUGCCACACCCAGCCAAAAAUGCAGUCGCCAAAUAUGGGGAAGUCCCUAGAGCAUCAGAAAGUGGGGAUUGUGGUGUAUUUAUGCUUAUGUUCAUGGAAUAUUUGACUGCUGGUUUAGGUGUAGAGAAGAACUUGACUGGUGCUUAUGUAUUCUGA